CGUAUGAAAUAAUAAAUUAAUGUCACAAUCACAAGAUGGUACAUAUAAACAUUUUUUAAUCUAUAUCUAUCCCAAGGUUCAACAGCGUAUUACCAUAAAAAAAUUAUUAGUUAUAUACAAGAGUUCUAUUAUAAAGGUAUAAAUGUAAAAAAGGUUAUUCGCUUUAUCUAAAAUGGCAAUCGUUCAAACAGUACUUGGUCCUGUUGAUCCAAAACUUUUAGGAAGAGUUUUAACCCAUGAGCAUAUGUCAUUAGAAUUUAAAAACUUCUAUUGCGCACCUCCAGACGAUUUAAAACAUUUUUUAAAUCGAAAAAUUACUUUAGAAAACUUUGGGUUUGUUAAUCAAUACCCAUACUCGUGCGAUUAUAAUUUGCACUUUUGGGACUCAGAAACACAUAAUGCUGUAGAAAAAGAUGUAGUUUUAUAUAAAAAACUUGGAGGAGGUACUAUUGUGGAAAAUACUUCACAUGGCUUGCGUAGAAACUUAGAACUGAUGCACGAAAUUUCUAGUUCAACCGGUGUGCACAUUGUUGCCGGGACAGGACAUUAUGUGCACUCAACACAGUCCCCAUCUACAUUGAAAAUGAAAAUAGAAGAUUUAACGGAUAUGUAUUCUAAAGAAAUCAUUACAGGUUUUGAAACAAAAGACAAGGGCAUGAUUAAAUGUGGAUUCAUUGGUGAAGUUGGAAGUAGCUGGCCAAUUCACGACUUUGAAAAACACUGCAUAAUGGCAACUGGAGAGAUUCAAGAAGUAUUAAAAUGUGGAGUAUCUUUUCAUCCAGGAAGGGAUCAGAAAGCACCAUUUGAAAUUAUGCGCUUGUAUUUAGAAGCUGGAGGGAACGCUAACAAGUGUAUUAUGUCGCAUUUAGACAGAACAUUGAAUAUCGAUGAAGUUUUAGAAUUUUCUAAAAUGGGAUGUUAUUUACAAUAUGAUUUAUUUGGAACACAAACAUCAUAUUACCAACUUAAUCCAGAUUUUGAUAUGAUUUCUGACGCACAAAGAAUUAACAACAUUUUAAAAUUAAUAUCUGAAGGUUUGGAAGACAGAAUUUUACUCUCCCAUGAUAUUCAUACUAAGCAUAGAUUGACUUCUUUUGGUGGUCAUGGAUAUUCUCACAUACAUUCCAAUAUUUUACCUCGACUAUACGGAAAAGGUUUAACUCUUGAACAAGUCGAAAAAAUAACAGUUACAAACCCUGCAGAAUGGUUGGCUUUUGUUGUUUGAAAUAUAUACAUAUAGGAAUCAUAUUUAUGUAGGUGAACAGCUUGUACUCACAUUUUGCGCAUUUAAAUUUGAAUUAAAUUUGUUCUUUCUGUAUACUUAUUAUUCAAAAUUAUUAAAACGUUUUUAAUUUUA